AUGGCUGCUUCCCCCUCACGCGACACGGCCGAUGCCUCCCCCAACUCAUCAUCUUUCCUCUCCUCCACUUCCCAUCAAGUCGCCGCAGGCUCGGUGCGGAGAAAUCUGUUUUCUGCACAUCUAUCGCGACGCCCGGCCUCGGGAGCACAAUCGCAAUCACAGUCACAGUCACAGUCGAACAGUAACCAAACCCGGCGACAGGAACCAUCACAGUCGCAAACCCAGCGGCAGCAGCAGUAUGGCGGUGGUGGGAGUAGCCUCCCGCGUCCGAGGGGUCAUCAACGCUCAGCAUCCACGCCGUCGCUCUCGCCGUCGCCGCCGCGGUCAUCUCCUUUCCACGAUGCCCCUCCUAAUAACAAUAAUGGCGCCAGAAGCUCUGCUUUCGCGCCACCUCCAAUGCCGCAGCUCUCACCUCCUCACCGCGCAGCACCACCACUGGUAGAUGGUGGCUACGAUCCUACAACUUCUCCCCAUAGACCGCUCAGUCCACGAUCCUCGGCGGCCCUCUUCCCCAAUCAAUCGAUCGUCGCACUGAAUCCGCUCACUGGGCGUCCCGUGCUGCCCAAAAUCCCCGUCCUCCCCGGCAGACUCAGACUGACAGACUCGGAUGACGGGCAUGGAGAAGAGCACGGGGAGGAAGAUUGGAGUGACGACGACGACGAUGAGGAGGGGGAUGAGGAAGACGCAAAUAUUGAGCCAGGCGAUGCGCAUGAACAUGCAUUCUCCGAUGAUGGAUUCCAUAGCGCGUCUGUCCAACCCCACUCCCGACGCACAGGACGCAGAGGGGCCCAACAACAAGGCCACGACGCCUAUGGCCAUCACUCGUCCCACAUUCAGAGAGUGGACCAUGGACACGCCGCAGCGAUGGAUGCCGGCGCCGAGGCCGAAGCAGACGAAGAACGACGGGACCGCCAACGCAUCGAGCGACUGUUGCGCGAGAUGAUGGCGCGACAACGCGCGCGAGCCAAAGGAAAAGCUUCGGCGUCGGCCUCGGCUGCCGUCGACGACGAUGAUGAGGCCGCCGAAAAGGACGAGCUGAUGGGCUUGAUCAUGGGCAGUUUGCGCAGGGAGGUGGCCAAGGCGGAGGAGGAAGCUUGGAUGUUCGGCGAGGCCUUGGGAAUAGGUGGCAUGGCCGGGAGGGACGAGGUGGGUGUGUACGACUAA